UUCUUCCUCCUCCUGCCUCCCCCCUCCCCUCCGGUUCCUCCAAUUCCUCCCAAAAUUCUCCUUCAUCGUCCACCAAUCCGCCGCAAUCCGCCAUCCCGACGACGACGGGACGCUCUGGGAAGCCCCUGAGGCCACUCAACUCGCGUGGAUCGGCCUCCUCUGUCUCUGGUUCCUGUCCUCCGGCGCCCAAGAUCGAUCUGGGACUCGUUGCCCAGGUGGAGGAGCAGCUUAUUUCCAACGAGAACAGAAUUGGGGGUUCAGCUGAACCCCCAUGCCCCAGUUCAAGUCCGCCCCUGCACCAGAGCCAGUGCUGCUGGUUUUAGAUGAUGGAGACGAGACAGUGUCUGAGGGAUCCGGGUCAGGCCCAAGCACGCCGGAUGCUCGUGGAAAGGAGGCCUCUUCCUCGAGCACGUCUGCUACGCCGAGGAAGAGGAAGCAUGGCAGCUUGAGCUGCGGCGGCAUGGGAGCUGAUGAUCCAGAGGCAGCAGGAUCCGAUUCCAGUGACACCACAUGGAGCGUGGAUAGCGUGCAUGACCGCCAUCGGUUUUCGUUGUCGAGAAGAAGGAACGUCAGGUCGGAGCCUUCGGUUACUUCUGGUACGCUGCUCGGGCGGCCUCGUGGUGUCUUGAGGUUGAGGACGCUUCCCCAGAACGACAGUAUCGAGAAUGAGGCUGGAGGCCGCAAGGUUCUUCAGUCCAAUGGAAUUUCUAAGGCUGCCCAUUUCGUGAGGAGGAAGAAGAAGAGGAAACCCCGGGUGCUUAAGGAGAACAGGGUUGGUGGUGAUGACCCUGUCUGUCGCUUGAAUACUGAGCAUGAUCAUCAGGAUGGCGUAACAAGGUCUUGGUCUGAGAACGGUCUCUUGGUUGAAAAGCUGUCUCGUCUUUCAGGUGAACCAUCUGAUCCUGUUCAUGUUGACAAGGAAGGCUCUGCGCAUCUGCAAGGGGACGGUGGUCUCUCAGUUGGAAAGCAGUCUCGUCUUUCAGGUGAACCAUCCAAUCCUCUUCAUGCUGACAAGGAAAGCUCGGGGCAUGUGCAACAGGACGAUGAUGCUACCUUGGAAGAAAAUGCUGCUAUGAUGCUCUGUUCUCUAUCAGAUAAUAGACAUGCUCACCCAUCGAGGAAGAAAUCACCGGAUAAAUCAUCAAAGGAACCUUCUUUUCAGCAUCGUAAUCGCUUCAAGGAUCCAUACAACACAGUCGAGGAUGUAGCUGGGCCUUCAAGGAUGUUACGGAGGCGUGGAGGUAAAGCGCCAUUCAGCAAGCGUCGUCCACGUCGUCAUUUUUAUGAAGUCAAUCCCCGUGAUCAGGAUCCAUAUAAGAUCAUAAAAGAGCGGAUUAGGGUGUUUUGGCCCCUUGAUGAGACUUGGUAUUUCGGCCUGGUCAAGGAAUAUGACCCUGUGAAAGGCUUGCAUUUUGUCAAGUAUGAUGAUAAGGACGAAGAAUGGAUCAAUCUUCAAAACGAGAGAAUCAAGCUCCUUCUUUUGCCAGCCGAAGGUCGCAAGAGAUCUAAUCAUAAACCAGAUAAGGUGAGCUAUGAGGAGGACAAGAGGGAAGACAUGGAUGGAAACAGUCCAGGAAGCUCUGAUUCGGAGCCCACCGUCUCAUGGUCAGCUAGAUCAAACCAAGCAAGACCUGCUACAUCCAGUAACAUUGUCAAGCCAGAUCACGGCCAAUCAAAUAUUGUUCCUGUGCUAUCAAACUCUUUUGAUGCCAAUCAGGAAAAGUUGCAGUCUGAUGAUGCUAUACCUGGUAGUAGUUUAUUUGCAAAUGGGGAUGAAGAAGUUCAUGAUGAUGGGAAUAGAUCUGGGGAUAGGAGAUUUCAUGUUGUUUAUUCUAGGAAGCGAGUUUGCAGGGGAAGGAAUUGUUUUGUCAACAAUUCAGAACAUGAUUUAAAUCCUGAAAGCAGAUCAAGUUCUGCAGCGGUUAUUGCUUCAGUUAUUAGUAGGGAGGCUGAUACUGAAACUGGUGCUGUGAAACAUGUCAUGUUGGUAUUAAGCCUGCCCCUGAAAUCUGUUUACAAGUUAGUUUCUGAAGCCUGCAGUAUUUGGAUUUUCAGUUCUCUCUUUCACCCUCAGCAUGGUUCGUUGAUUAGCUUAUGGCCUGCUGUAUUUCUGGACAUACUUUUUGUUGAUAAUGCUUUAGGUUUGAAACAUUUGCUUCUUCGGACUUGCUUAAGAUCAGCAGUAUCUCUUUUCUGUUCACUUGUUGGAAGCUUCAAUCAAUGUUCUGGUCAGAGUACUUCUACAGAUUCAAAAUCGCCAUGCACCUCGGUCAGAUUCCAGAUAUCUGGUUUAGAUGGUAGGAGCCAAGUAGUGUUUGUGCUGUUCAGCAUCUUUGGGAUAUGCAAGUCACAAUGGAAGAACCUGCAAGCGAAGCUUCGAUAUCACUCUUUGAAAAGGGAGCUGUCUAAAGCUAAUUGCACAUACGCUAACAUCAAACAACUCACUGAUGGAACUGACCAAGUUGGAACUUCAAUGGAUAUCUUUUCGAAGAGUUUAUCGUUCGAUUUUCGGGGCCCUCAGUUUCCUUCAGAAUCAAAUUAUCCAGAUGUUGAUCCUGUCAUAUUUUGUCUUGAUAAUCAGAGUGAAUUUACUAAAGAACCUUUGGAUCUACCUGCACCUUCGCUACUGCUAUGUCAUCAUCUAAAGUUGCUUAUUGAAAGCAAUUUGAUUUCCAGUGGUUUAGUUCACCUGGCUAUUCCUUCUGAAAUUUCUUCAGAAAAGGAUCAGCAGUCUAUUUCACAACAUGCAUCUGAUUUUGUCAAUCAGGAUGGUCCCCUGGAUAUGGAUACCAUUGGUUCCAUGAAUCAUUCUAGUUCUGCUAGCAGGAAGCAUGAUACCACUGAUUGCACUGUAAGUCUGGAUUGUAAUGACAGCAGUGAUGGUGAUAUCAACGUGACAAGCGAAAGGUGCCCAGAUCAAAAUGGGCGUUAUGUAGCUGGCGACAAUUCCAAUCGUGGUGAUAAAAUGUGUUCUUCCGUUCAUAAUGUUACAAACUCUCCAGAGAAGUCUAAACAGUGGUACCCUUCCAUAGAUAUUCCUCAAGAUAAGACAUCUGAUCCUCCAGAUGAUGAGAGGAAAGAUGGCAAAGCUUCAGAGCCUGUAUCUAACUUGGUUCAGGAAUUGAAUGAAUAUCCAAUUGGUGGUGUUACACCAACUGCCCCAAGGACAACUUUCCAUCGGAACCGGUUUACAUCCAUAUCACGCACUUUCGGAGAUGGUUCAAAAUUAUGGCCAGAAGAUGGUUCUAAGAAACCACGAACCCCUGCUUCAUACUCAGUUUCUCCUAGAAGUGAUGAACUUGGACUAAAACACAAAGGACAUUUCCGCAAGAUACAAACUCACAGCGCUAAGACAAAUGGUGCAAAGAGGUUUCCUGAUAAUACUAGAAGUGGGGAGAGCAGCCCGGAGUCUUUGACUUGUGUUGCAAAUAUCCUGGUAACAGUUGGUGAUAGAGGAUGGAGGGAGUAUGAUACUCAGAUCAAAAUUGACACUGAUGGACAGAGUGAUCGGAGGAUUUGUGUGAGGCUUGCUGAAGGAAUCAAGUAUGCUCACAAGGUUUGUCAAGCUUUGCAACCUGGGGCUACAAACCGCUAUACACAUGCUAUAUUGUGGAAAGGGGGCCCUGAAUGGUGCCUAGAAUUUCCUGACAGAAGCCAGUGGGCGAUUUUCAAACAAAUGCAUGGCGAAUGCUAUAAUCAUAACAUCAGAGCUGCAUCUGUUAAAAACAUUCCAAUCCCAGGUGUCCGCAUGGUUGAAGGUCAUGAUGAUAAUGGCGGUAUAUUGUUUGUGCGCCCCCAAGAUUAUCUUUGCCAUAUUGGACCAGAUGUUGAAAUGGCUCUUGAUGAAUCCCGUGUUAUAUAUGACAUGGACAGUGAUGACGAGGAGUGGAUCUCAGGAUGGAGGAAGUCUCAACAUAGCAAGAACAGCACUGUGAGUGAGUUGACAGAGGAUUUGUUUGAGAAGGUUAUGGACAAAUUCGAGAAAUUUGCACAUACCCAUAAUUGCAAUGAGCUCACCAUUGAUCAGAUUAAGGAACUAGAUAUGGAUGAUGUGCCACUGGACAUCAUUGAAGUGAUACAUGAUCAUUGGCACGACAAGAGGCAGAAGAAGGGAAUUCCACUCGUUCGACACUUUCAGCCUGUUAUGUGGAAGAUCUAUGGGCAGCAGCUAGAGGAGUGGGAAUCAGCAGUACAGAAAAUUCAGGGUGUACCGAAUGGGUACCAACAAAGAAGGUUGCCCCCAAAACCUGCAAUGUUUGCCUUCUGUUUGAAACCUCGUGGACGCCAGCUUCAGAUACCCUCUAAGGGAUCUAAGGGACCAAAGCAGCGAUCACAUAAGAAACUCAUGUACUCGGGGUCCCACAGCUUUUCAAGAGAGCAGGAUGGCUUUCACCGACAAGUAUCAGGUCGGAGAAAUGGUGAAUAUCUUGGGGACGGGAAGACAUGUGAAUCCUAUGACGGUGGUUCUCUCUAUUCACCAACAGGGUACUCUCCCAGGUUCUCAACGAGAACAGAAUCCCCCCGCGCAUUCGAUGCUCCGGAAAGAGGUUCUACUCCAAGGUUCAUCAGGACUAACAGUGUGAAAAGGAAUGCAAGCCUUGCAUUCUCCGAGGAUCACCAAGCAUCCCCGUCCAUCCGCAACCAGAGAAUAAAGAGGGGAGCUGUGCCUGAUCACUGGAACACUGCGAUCCACGAGUACCAGAACUCGAAGCAGAUGUUCCCAGGGCCGCCCCAGAGCCACCGUAUCGACGUCGAGGAGCUCAAGCUGCGUGAUGCGAUGAGCGCUGCACAGCACGCUGCGGCGAUGGCAAGGCUCAAGAGGGAGAGGGCACACUGCCUGAUGCACAAGGCGGACCUCGCGGCCCACAAGGCCUCGGUCGCCGUCAUGAUCGCCGAGGCGAUCAAGGCAUCCAGCAGUGACUCGUCCCGGGCGUCAGACAUCAGAAGGGACCUGGGGGAUGAAGAACGGUGAUGACGCCUUUUUGGGCGUGAGCUGAUGCAUAGCAUUUUUUUGUCGAUAGGAUAUCAUGGCAGUAGAUAUAGCAUCUCACCCCCCCCCCUCCCGCGCGUUUCGUACCCCGUUCUCUUUGAUCCUUUUGUACAUGUGUUAUUUUCUUCUUUCUACCUUGGUUCAGCUUCUCUAGGGAUGGAUGGAUGAUGUCUCCCUGUUGACAGUGUUGGGAAGAUGGUAAUAGGGCAGCUGUUGUUGGUUGAUGCUUCUCAUUGUUGUAAGUUGCUCCAGGGAAGGCGAAUUGCUUCUGCUUUUCUGCCGUUACCCCAAAAAAGAAUGAAAAAAAUGAAGAGAAUAGUG